CGCGCUGUGGACACGCGGAUACGUGGCCAGUAGCGGCAACAGCAGCAGCAACAACAACAGCAGCAACAACAACAGCAGCAACAUCGUCCGUUUCAAGCCGUACACCGCCAAUUCAAUUUCGCCAACAAGCAGCAGAGAGCAAGAGAAGCCGAGGCAAGAUUCGCCCCCCCACAGCUGAAGGCGGUCGCCAAAUUUCAUUUUCGUUGAACUUUUCCUGUUUGCCUCGCAAGCGCCCGACGCCGACGCCGCGUCCAUGGCGCGCCCUGCCGGGCAAGGCGCCUGCCGCUCGGUAGGGGCCGCUAGCCGAGGCGGGGUGUACCCCGACCGCAUCGACGGAGGCCUUCGUCUUUCCGCGAUCUCUUCUCUCGCCCACCGACGAUGAGCACGGGGGGGGGGAGGAGGGGAAGAAAGCUACGUGGACAAGAGGAGGACGACAGCACGGGGAGCAGCAGCGUCAGUGUCAAGUUCGUCGAGGGAGUGGUGAAUUCGCGAGGUUUGGCGAGCGCCGGGCGGGUGACACCGCAUUGAAGAAGGGCUGGCUGUGGUGGUGGGGGGGCGACCCACGAUACCUGCACGCCACGUCCAGGCUGCUCGCGUCAACGCUGUUUAUUAAUCGAUAUUGUUUGGUAAUCGACUAGCGUACAUAAGUGGGCGCACUUAAUGCUCGCCGCCCAGAGUCUACGCAGCUGCCACGAGACGCACGAACCCGAAUGCGUGACACCUCGAGACGUGUCUGUCUGGUAGCCACAGCAGCAGCUGCAAUAACAAUAACAACGUGAUGUUACCUCGGGCUGCAUUCCUAACACGAAUUGAUGGCAUUGGCCAACUUUCGCAAUACAGGAUGCAACUAAAAACGUAUUAAGGGCUCUCUGACGCUCCUGUGUAUAGAUAAGGGGGGCAGCAUUGGCAUUGUGGUCGUUUAUUAUUACGAUGCUCGUGUCAGAGAGGGCAGCCUCUGCACUGUCAUGGGCUCUCCGAUCAUUCCUGCGGCUGCCACUGCUGAGCCACGCUGUGGAGCGGCUGACAUCGGGACCUUCUGAGCCCCACCACCAACAACAACAACAUCAACAACAACAUCACCAGGAGGAGAUCGGCGGCGAUGGAGUGAUGAUGCUGGCGCCGUCGCCCCAGGGUGACAAGGAUUGCUCGGGCACCGCGCAAGAGGAUGGCACGCAGGUGGUGUUGGUACUGGAGCAGGAGAAGAGAGACACCCGGAGCAGCAGCGCCCUCCUGGGCUACGUGAGGCCGUGUGCGCUCGGAUGCGCCGCGUCUCUUCUCUGCCUCGGUGGCCUCCUGGCGGUGCGCGUCUACGUGAUGCGAGACCUCCUCGAGUGGCUCCAAGAGGUGGACAUGGCCGCUGGGACGCUGCUGUUCGUGCUGGGAUUCGUCCUCGUGUCCUUCCCCUGGGGCUGGGGCUACAUCGUGCUCAACGUCGCCGCCGGAUACCUCUACGGGUUCCUGCUCGGCCUGGCGCUAGUCGCCGCCGGGGUGCUCAUCGGCACGUUCGUGGCGCACGUCGGCUGCCGUCGGUGGCUUGAGGGAUAUGCCGCGGCGAGGUUGAGGUCCAGCGGCACCAUGAGCGCGGUCAUCAGGGUGUUGGAGGGCGGAGGUGGCCUCAGGGUCAUUGCCCUGGCAAGGCUCACGCCCAUCCCUUUCGGCCUGCAGAAUGCGGUGUUCGCGGUCAGCCGCGUGCCUACCCCCAGCUACCUAAUUGCCUCGUCACUGGGACUGCUGCCCACGCAGAUCCUCAACUCAUACCUGGGCACCACGCUGCGGACUAUGGAAGACGUCAUGUCGCAGCAGACUCUCGGUGGAUACGUCAUAUUUCUCCUUCAGCUGUUAAUCAGCGUGGGCCUCAUGCUAUACGUGGUGCGGAGGGCCCGCCGGGAGCUCAACGAGGCCAUCGCGGCCUGCCAGUCUGGCCAGGGUGAGGACUCGCGACCCCUCGACUGCACGUCCGGCAACGGUGGCGGCUCGUAUGGUACCCAGCGGCUGGGGCUCUCCUACACCGAUCAGCAGAAUGUGUAGCCCGUGCAAGUGCCGCACCUCCGAUGAGCACGGUUGGCUACGUACGGCGCGAAAGAAGUUGAACAUGCUUACAUGAAUACGAAGUUGCCCACCAAUUCCCGUUAAGGGACGUGAGACAUGUAAAAACACAGCCAAGGCUCGGAGAAAUGGCAGCGGAGCAGCUGCACCUAUUGACCUGCUAACUGCGGUCUGCUUUCUGAAUCGGUGGUGAUGCUUUGUGUGCGUGUGUUCUGACCAUCUCUUAAGGCAGGGCUAUCGGCAAAAACUGUUGAUAAAAAGUAUUUAAGGGAGAAGUAUUUAGCAAGUGCACCGAUUUCAGUUUGCCGUUGUAAUACAUGAAUAUUGUAAUUCCUUUGCAGACAUUGCAGCCCAAGUGACUUUCUAUUUUUUGUUGGGUAAUUAUUUGAAAAGAAAAAUUAUAUGGCAAUGCAAAUGUUUACAUGUAAAUGUUUAAAUUAAGAUGUAAUGUUUAGUAGUUUUGUUCAACUUCAUUAUUUGGGUGUGCAAAGUUCAAGUCUGUUCAAAAGAGAUCUUAACCCUCUUGUGGAUAACUACAGUAGUAUUAAUGUGAUAAGUAGGACCGUUGUCUUCAGCUUCAAAAGCAAAUGUUGGUUACAUAUCUCGACUAUUAUUACUUAUGCCUUGUCACCUAAUUUAUACAUGAUGAAUACUCUAUAUAUUUGAGCUCCUUGAUAAAUGUAUAAAAUAGUGCACGACAAAAUUUGAUCAGCUAUAUACAGACUGGUGAUCAUAUAUAUUUUUACAUAUUUGUUUUACCUCUAAGCUUUGUAUUGAAAAAAUACUUAACAGUGAAAAAAAAAAAUCCAUACACAUUAUUCUACCAUCAGCAGAUGAAAAUAGCACUGCAAGAUGCCUCUGCAGUGGGCAACGCCAGCCAGAGGUAAGAACACAUGGUAAAAGUUGCUCAUGUUUCGGACAUGGGCCAAACACCGGCUUAUCUGUCCUUUCGGCCGGCGUUUCCCACUGCAGAAGCGUCUUGCAGGUUCAUUUAGUUUUCUGCACCUCGUCUUAAAGUGUUUUCUCAUACCAACAGCUAUUAUGCUAGGAUAACUGCCAUAGUGUAGUGAUGAGCACACUGAAUUGCAAUCCAGAGGCCACCGGUUGGAUCUCCUGGUGUGGCUGUUUAAACAAAGUAGUUCAAACUCCCCCCACCUCUGUCCACCCAGCAGCCUAAAUGGGUACACCGCAGGCUAUGUGUGGUGGGGUAUAGUGUGGGUGCUCCACCUCUUACUAGAUGUCUGGCCAACGUGAAAGAGUAGGCCAACAUACCCUAGAGUGGAAGCCCUUCUGCCAGCAGUAACUUGAGCAAGCGGCUGCAAGGGCCACACUUUUACCGCCAGUUAUUAACAUUACCAUCGUGUAGUUGUUGAGAAAUCUAUUAAUUCAAUCUGAGCUUAUGUUUGUAUUGCCUUGAGAAAGGCUUAGUUCGAAGUAUGCUAAUUAAGCUGCAUGCCUGUUAAAUUAAUAAAAAAAAAUACCUAAAGAUUCUUAGCAUGUUUGACUUAAUAAUCGUAUUAGAUCCUGCAUUACUUAGCGAUUGGCACUUCAAUACUGUGGUGUAUUAUACUCCAGGAGAUUUACAUGCAAAAAGCCAUUAUUGUUGAUGUCAUAAUGAAGCCCCGAUGUCGGCUCUACAGGAUUUAUUUGCUAGCAUACGCAAUCUAGUCAACGUUUCAGCCUCUUAUUUACGUUUGCCCCAUGUGCACAGAUUGCAUCGCCAUUUGUACGUGAAAACUGCUUGUUAAAAAAUUUGCAUUUUUUUUUCUAAGCGGCACCUUCUGUACACUCGAUUGCAGAAUGUAAACUGUUUAAAAUGUCCCCAUUGUUCACCAUCGCAGGAGACCAUUUUGAUUUUACGGCAAGACAUGAUGGAGCAGUUUGUCUUCGAAAGACCACAUUAAUGUUCCCGUGUGACUGUUCUCUAACUCACCUCUCAUCCCAAGACUAUUUUUUUUGUUCUCAGUUGACUGUCAGAAUGUGUACCGAAUGCGUGCAGCUUGUGGCCUUAACUUUAAGUUUGGCUUCGCGCAAGAGCGUGUGUAUUAAUUGUAGAGUAUGUAAGGAGUAUAUGAGUGGAAAGUACCUUUUCAAAUCCAGAUUAUCAGGGCAUAAAAUAAUCUAACUUAUUUCUACACAUUCUCUAAAGUUGGGUGAUAAUGAUUCAGAAUGGUACCUACAAAAUGACCAAUUACUACAUAAGAAAUGGUCAUAUGAUAGUGCACAUCUGAGCCAAAUUGUCUACCUUUAGUGCCCAACAUUCCAGGAAAUAAGUUAUUUUAGAUGACGGAUUGUUUUUUUUAGAUUCUUUGAAAAAUAUCACUUUCUUACACAUUAUACCUGUUAAUUUAUGUAUUCCAUAAAACUGUAGUUGAAAAAGUACUUAGAAAAUAUUUGAAAUCCAUAUUCUCACCAUUAGCAAUGAAGAUUUGUAACUGUAAAUUAUACUUUACGAUCAGGCUUUCCCAACCAAUUUUAAGAUUCAUAAAUGAUUUCUGGGUAUAUUGCUCAAUUUUCACAACCAAAUUUAUCCAUAAGAGUCAGUUGUGAGAAUUGUUCUUCAACUUACCGGUGAUAUAUUACAAUAAGUGGCAUGUGUAACGCUUGUACACGUGACAAUCUAAUAUAUUUUGGCUGUGUUGGGUGGUGGAGGGUCUUAUCCACACAAAUGUAGCCAGAUCAUAACAUGGCCUCACCCAAAAAAGUUAUGCUUUUUAAAUUAUGCUGUGUAUAGAACAAUGUUAUCAUAACAGCAGCUGCCUUGAGUAAAAGGUAUGAGAAUCUGUAAAAAAAUUGUCUUGCAGUGAAAUUUGGCACACCUUACUGGAUGGUAAUAAAAAUUGGUUUAGACAUAUGGAGCCUUGUUUUUAUGAGAUGUUUUAUGACAAGAAGAUGACAUUUAUCUGCAUUCUCAGCUGGCUCUAUCGAAAUUAUUUGAUUGUUUUUGCAGGACAAAUAUAUUCCUAAAAUGCCACAGAAAUUUCCCCUCCUGACUUCUUCAAAUUGUCAUUGUAACGAAAUAAAUCCUAAAACAUUUAAAACGAUUAAGUAACAUAUAGCAGGUUUGACAAGUUAUACAAUGGCAUUCUUUUCGGGCCUUGUUUUUAUUUCCCAAAGCUUGUUUAAAUAUAAAUGUACUGUACCCGGUAUAGAUACAGUCGACUUGCAUACGCACACAGGUUUGCACCACCGAGAUUAAAUGUUGAAGGUCAUGGAAAGUGGUGAGGAUUAAAGAUUUGGAUUUUUUUAUUUCGUUUGACAUUUGCACAGGAAGGAAGGUGUGCUUCACCUACACUCAUACAAAACCAAAACUUGUUUUUUUCUUUCGUUUAUUAAAGCUAUACUUGAGACGAUAUACUUUUGAUGAAUAAAUAAUAAUUCUGUAGUCCUUUAUCUAUUUAGUAGUACGGUGUAUGUAACGGUCUGUGUAAAUAUGAAACCUACAGGCUGCUGCAUUUAACAUUUCAAGGGUGGACUACGUGUUUUGUGUAACGAUCGUCAAUAGAAUUGAUUCUUUUUGGCGGGGAGGGAAGGAAACUUGCAAAUAUUGUGGGGGGGGGAAAGACUACAUAUUUUAUUUAUUUUGUCUUUAUGGAUUUUAAUGUUUGUUUUUCUUUGAGAUGUAGUAUAUUAAGUUGUUUAUCGCAAAUUGAGGGUGUUACAGUAUACUGUAUGGUUGGUUUCUCAUUUAUGUAAUGCAAACCUCCUUUUGAAAAGGUGUCAUUGCUUGCGGUGUCAACGGCGAAAUGGAACGGUGACGUUUGAAAACCAAAUUACAGAGCAAACCACAUGAAAUACUUUGUUUUCCCCAUACACACUCCAGGUUCUGCAAGUGUCCGUGUGUUAUAAAAUACUUGGUGCGUUCUCAUGGUGUUAUGAUGCAAUUGGUUUGUCAAUGUCAACUAAUGAUGCUUGCAUUGAAUCGCACCUGUGACAAUUCUUAUUCGAAUAUUCCGUGCUGUAUGCAAUGGCUUUUCAUGACUGCUAUGGGCCACUCAAUGUGAAAAAUAGCAUUGAUUAUUGAAUUGAAUCGCUACCUUCACGUGCAGCGACGAAUUGAAUUGUCAUGAGGGCGAAUGGUUACUCUGGUGUAUAUACCCUAUAAAUAGUGCUCAGAAAAUACUUUAGUGGUCGUUUUACAGUACAUCCCUGAGGGCAGGCACUAAAAGUUCACUUUUUUUUAAAGCCACUAAUUUCCAUUGGCCCUCCGUAAUGUGUUGGUAAAAGUGGCAGAUCUAUAGUUAUCAAUACCAUUACCUGUACACCUUCUGAACAAGAUUUUUUUCAUAGCUCAUAAGUUAAUGCUAUGCACAUCUUGAAACAUGCAAAAGAGUGUUUGCUCACGUGGCAUACUAUUAUUGUGUUUUUAACUGUGUGCCACACAGAUGCUGCCCCUUGGUAUGUGCACGUUCACCAAGUGGUGUACGUGCGCCCUCACUGAGGGUGCCACAAACCCCUUGGAAUUGUAUUCAGUUCACUGCUCACCACACCACUGUAUCGGUUUCCCGCGCUCUAUGCGGAUUCAGUUCGUGAGAUUUCGUGCACAUGCGGCAGACCAAUUUCUACCCAAAACUCGCUCUGUGUGAUUUGAAUUCGCUCGUAUGUGGCGAAGCGGUCGGACGCGGGACAACAUUGUGUGUCGCGUGUUCGCCGCUCAGCAGCCGGCUGUCUUGUGUGGUUUUGGUAUGUGCACGAUGUUUUUUGCAACAUCUACCGCGCAAAGCGUGGGAAAGCUAUAUAAGAAGGUGUGUGAAUGGUUCAAACAUGGUUGGUUUUUGUGUUUAGUUGUCCAUUCCCCGCACCUCCGAAUAUCACCGUAGGCUACGUACGAUGCUUAAGAAGUUCCAAAUACAUAUGUUAUGACGACUUGACACUUCUCUUGAGAUGGCACUUUAUUGAAGACACGUUCACUUGACAUCAGGCGAAGACCCCCACUGCAACUGCCUUGAGUCUCCCACGCAUCUCCCCCUUACAUACCAACCGAGGCCACACCCCCCUUCUCGAUCAUUCUCGCUGACUCUGGACGCUCGCUCCACCAGCAGACUCCACCGUCCUCUUCCAUCACCUAACCACGCUCCCUUCUCGAUCAUUCCCGUAGCCACCAGUCCCUUCGCACUCACAACUGAAACCCCUGUCAUUACCUCCCGUGGCCACUAGUGCAAUCGCACUGUUGGCUGACUCCCCUGUCAUUACCUCCCGUGGCCACUAGUCCACUCAAGCCGCAUGUAGGUGCGACUGUCUUGACACAUAUAUACAUACGAACAAUAAACGUGAAGAUGCUGUCUUAUUCCGACUCACCUUAUGCGAUUGUCCCCUGUGCAUCAAGCGAAACUGGUGUUUCAUGACCGUUGAGCAGGUUAUUUAGUGGUUUAAUCUGGCAAAUCAAAUGCGAGAUGUGGUAUCUGAUUGCAUUGUCCCAAAUGUUAACAUACUCACCGGCUGGUAUUGGUACGUUUCUGUAAUUUUGACAGCAAACUCCGUUCUGUUGAACUUAACGCGUGCCCCGACCUUUGUCACAGCAACAUGUAUGUGCAUGUACGGUGCAAUGUUAGCCUUGCAGGCCACGAGAGAUAUGUGUUUGUACUUCAUCAUGCUGGUCAGUGUAGCUUGGCAAAGUUGCGGGGGUGCAGAACAAUGAGUUUUGCUACAAUGUCCUCUAAUGCCAACGGCCUAUUACGUCUUUAUUUUUGAUGACAACCCCUCCAAGCAUUUACUUAGCUUUGAAGAUAUGAUGAAUUCUGGAUGCAUUCCAUGUGAUUUGGUCAUAGGCUGCUUUGUGUAUCAUUUAUGUAAUGCAACCGUAUGUUAUUGGAAAUGUAUCGCCUGCCGUUGGUUGUACAUCUACACGGUGGUUCAGAUGUGUUGUGACCCCCGUUUAAUUAUCGAAAACGUAAUAUUGUUUAAGUAAGGUUUAUUUAAAACAAAUGAAUAUGCAAAGGAAACAAUGUUCGAGGUCAAUCAAUAUGGGUCACAAGACAUCUGGACUACCCUGUAUUAACCCUUUUGGCAAUCCACUGGCAGAUGAAGGCCUCCUCACACUGUGCAGGUUGUAUGGGUUACUUGACCUAGCUUCACCAUGCUUCUCUUGUGGGUUGGUGAAGGCGGUUAGUAUCGGUGUGGGAGCAAUUUAAGUACAGUACAGUAUAACAAUAACUAUUGUUUAAUUGCUUUCUAUUUACCAAAACGUAGCCCCGUAGCCUAUGACAUCUGUUAUGAUGCAUGGGAAUCACUUCUCCAAGCACUAACCCCGAUUAAUCCUGCUUUGCUUCAGAGUUGGGGCACAUUCAAGGUGAUUUGGUUACAGGCCAGUGCUGAACACUACAGCUUAGACUCACAGAUCCUGUUAUUUAUCACUGGGCAUCGUUGUGGUGGAUAAAGGUUAAACUAUUUGCAAGUAGUGGAGGUUUGAUAAGGGCCUGGUAUUUGUUAACGCUAGAGAUUGAGCUCUCUUUGCCGUUGACUUGGAAGACAGAAAAGUCACACUUUCAAUUUUACAAAUAUGUGCUUGCCAAAUGUGAACUCGUCAAUAUUCGAAGGCUCUUACUCUGUUAAUGUACAAAAUGUUAAGUGUGCACCAGGCACAUUUAUGUUGCAUUGCCUGCUAUUUAUAUUUUAAACAUUCUGCUUUUUAUAAAAAAAAAAGUCUGAAUGUCUAUUCCAAGUAAUGUGCAUUUUUCUAAAGGUUUUCACCUAAAUGUCACUUUUGACUAUAAUGAAACUCUCUGUGGGACGUUAUUUGCUUUAAAUGUACUCUUCAAAUAUUUGAGAAUACAGAAUGGUACUCUUGUUUGAUUUCUUUAAAGACCCAUAAGCUAUCACAAUGACAGAAAUCUUGCGGAAGUGCUGUUUUCUGAAACAUGAUUUAGGAGAAAAGUUGAUGUUUUGUUCACAUUAAUGUUUUGAGUUCAUUGAUAGUUAUGUCAAUGUUUUGGAUCUGAAUUCAUUUAAAUACGGGACCUUCUAUUUUGUCAUGGUUUGUACUGUGACAAACUUUCAUCACACUAGCAAACCUUGUAUCGUGAGUCUUAUUAAAAUGCUCUUCUAAUGUGCCUUCUCAGAGCUCCAUAUAUUAUGAAAACUCGCAUCUCUAUUCUUUGAUAUUGUGAUCCCUUUUAUAAUACAGUCAUACAAACAAGUAAACUGUUGUGUCUACGUCAGUAAAGUAUUCAUUAACUGUUUAAAAACGUCAUUCACUUGUGUUCGGACAUUGACUUGAUUAUCCUUGUAAAUGAGUGCCAAAUUACAAUGUUUUUUUGUUUUGCCUUGUCUGAAAUAAAUUUUCCACUGGAAAAAAAUGUUGUGAACGAAGGUUUAAAAUAAAUGGAGUAUU